AUGGCAGCGCCCAACAACGACUCGCAAGUCCCCGGUGAACCCACCGCCACCGGCACCUCGCUCCUCGAGACCGCCACUUCCGCCAUCCAAAGCUUCGCCCCCGUCAACAACAUUCACCAACACCUUUGCGCGUUCCAUUUUUACGCCGAUGACAUGACGCGGCAAGUGGAGGCGCACCACUUCUGCGGCCACCUGAACGAGGAGGUGAGGCAGUGCCUGAUCUUCGAUGGGCCUGAGAAAACAAGCAAGUUGAUUGGGGUGGAGUAUAUCGUACCGGAGCAUAUCUUCUUGACGCUGCCGGACGAGGAGAAGAAGCUCUGGCACUCUCACCUCUUCGAGGUCAAGGGAGCCAUACUGUUCAUGCCCAGACUGCCACGACCUAUCGAGCUCCACGAAAUGGAAAUUCUGAGCAAGACUUAUGGCAAAACCUACCAUUUCUGGCAAGUCGAUAAGGGUCACCCUCUCCCAUUUGGCCUGCCUCAGCUUAUGAUGGCUUUCACAAGAGACGGCCAGAUUGAUCAAGACCUCCUCCAUAAUGUUGGGCAGCGUUUUGGGGUUGACUUCAAGAAGGAGAGAGAGAAGAGAGAGUACAUUCCAGGGCUUGUUCAUGGAGUCCAUCCUCUAGCAAAUGCAGGAGGGAAGGGCCUUAAGACUGUAUUGAGGGAGGUCCCGUUGAGCCCUGACGAUGCUCUCCCUCCUGGUGCCGCCAGGGUCUUCGUAUGA